CUCUCCGCCGCCUCGUCCGGCGAGGAGGAGGAGGCCGACUUGCCGCCCCUGCUGGCGGCGAAGGCCCCGGCCCCCGCCGCCGCCGGGCCCCGCCCGGCCGGGCGGCGGGCGCUCGCCGAGGACGAUCGAGCGCGUCGUCGGCGCAGCCAGCGGCCUCUUCGCCGGGCGCGGGUGGGAGAUCGCGCCUCUGAGCGGUGACCGUCACCGCCUCAACGGGCGGGCCGUGAGGCUGUCGCUGCUGCCGCCAGGUGCGCCAGACCCGCCGUUCGAGCACAACGUGAGCAGCGCUGGGUCAGAGGCUGCCCGCCGCGCCGCGCGCAUCGCCGUGUGCGACGGCUCCCUCCGGCAGCCUCUGCUCGACUACCUGCUCCAGACGGGGCUGAACGAGCAGUACGACCAGCGCGGCACUGAGAAUCCCAUGGCCAUCACCGGCGCCGCGCGCAGGGUGGAGCUCAACGUCGCCCCCAGCAGCGACAGGAGGGUGGAGCUGCACCUCGCCAUGCUGGAGGCCGAGGCCAGGCGCCGGGCCCAGGGCACGCAGAACGGCGCCCUGGCCCGGGCGCCCGCAGCGCGGGGCGCCCCGCCGCCCGGGCGGCGGUGA